CUUAUAAGUGAAACAAAAAUCGACUCCACUUACCCAAAGGAUCAAUUUAGCCUGCCUAGUUAUUCGUUAUAUCGAAAUGACAGGAAAAAAGGCGGUGGUGGUAUUUUGGCUCUCAUCUCCACCGUAGUCCCAUGUAGGAGAUUAAAACCUGAUCGUCACUACCAUUGUCUAGAGCCAAUUGUGCUGGAUGUGAAAAUUGGGAAGAUAAACAUGAUAAUAAUUAGCCUUUACCGACCACCUAGGCCAUUAGUGGGAGCAUACCAGCAAUCGCUAGAGGAAGAACUGAACCACAUUUGUACUUGGGCGUCGCUCCCAAGAGAAGCAGUGACUGUCAUUGGUGACCUUAACCUAGAUAGGCUAAGGCCUCAGAGAAAUGAGAGCAAAUUACUCCUGGACCUCGAAAUGGUGCAGGGCUUUGAAUGUCUUAUAAAGCAGCCAACUAGAUUGGAUAGAAACGGAACAACAACAACAGCCACGCUUAUCGAUGUACUGCUGACCAACCAACCAGACCUGUUCAUUGGAAGAGGAGUUUACGACCCUGCUCUAAGUGAUCAUAUGCUCAUCUAUGAUGUAAUGAAAGAAAAAGCGAGGAAACAUUCACGUAGAAUCAUCCAUUUCAGGAGUUACAAAAAUUUUGAUCCGGUGAAAUAUGAUAACCUACUAAUGACGGCACCUUGGCAUGUCGGAAAC